GGGCAGGCUCGGGGGGCGGGCGGGCGCGCGCGGCAGCAUGGAGGAGCUGAGCAGCGUCGGCGAGCAGGUCUUCGCCGCCGAGUGCAUCCUGAGCAAGCGGCUGCGCAAGGGGAAGCUGGAGUACCUGGUGAAGUGGCGCGGCUGGUCCUCCAAACACAACAGCUGGGAGCCCGAGGAGAACAUCCUGGACCCAAGACUGCUCCUGGCCUUCCAGAAGAAGGAGCACGAGAAGGAGGUGCAGAACCGGAAGAGGGGCAAGAGGCCACGGGGCAGGCCAAGGAAGCACACGGUGAUGUCCUCCUGCAGCCGGCGCGCCAAGCUCAAGGAACCAGACGCUCCCUCCAAGUCCAAAUCCAGCAGCUCCUCCUCUUCCUCCACAUCUUCCUCCUCCUCAUCUGAUGAAGACGAUGACAGCGACUUAGACCCGAAGAGAGGCCCCCGGGGCCGCGAGACCCACCCAGUGCCACAGAAGAAGGCCCAGAUCCUGGUGGCCAAGCCGGAGCCCAAGGACCCCGUCCGCAAGAAGCGGGGCCGCAAGCCGCUGCCCCCAGAACAGAAGGCCGCCCGCAGACCCAUGAGCCUGGCCAAGGUGCUGAAGACGGCCCGGAAGGACCUGGGGGCGCCCGCUGGCAAGUUGCCCCCUCCGCUCAGCGCUCCCGUAGCGGGCCUGGCAGCCCUGAAGGCCCACGCCAAGGAGACCUGUGGCGGGCCGAGUGGCAUGGCCACCCCGGAGAGCCUGGCCAGCCUGAUGAAGGGCAUGGCGGGCAGCCCGGCACGCGGUGGCAUCAGCUGGCAGAGCUCCAUCGUGCACUACAUGAACCGCGUGACCCAGGGCCAGGCCGAGGCUGCCAGCAGGCUGGCCCUCAAGGCCCCGGCAGCCCCCAAGUGCAGCCUUGGGCUGGACCUGAAGGUGAGGACGCAGAAGGGGGAGCUUGGGACAAACCACCCAGGAAGCAAAGUCCCGAAGGCCCCCAGCAGCGGGGCUGCGGAGCCAAAAGUGGGCAGUGCAGGGGGACCACCACACAUCCUUGGCGGCGGCAAGGUCUCCGCUGGGUGCCUGGGCCCCCCACCAGCUCCCAGCCAGGAGCUGAGCCUGCAGGUCUUGGACUUACACAGUAUCAAGAAUGGCACGGCCGGGGUUGGCAUGCUCGCCCGCCACACCGCAGCCACCAAGGGUGUCCCCACCACUGCAAAGGGCCCUGGGGGGCCCCCCGGCACGCCCGCCGACACCAGCAAGAGUGAGAAGCUGGCCUCCAGGGUGGCAGCUCUGCCCACCCCUCUGGGCAAGAGGGACUGUGCCAAGAGUGGCACGACCCCCAGCAGCGGGCAGGAGGGCCAUGCGGCCCCGGGAGACGCCCACAAGGCAGCUGCACUGUUGGAAAUGAGCACAGGUGAGGAAAACAGCAGCUCCGACUCGGAUCCAGACUCAGCCUCGCUGCCGAGCGCCGGGCAGAGCCUCUCGGUGUCCGUCCAGACCAGCCAGGACUGGAAGCCGACCCGCAGCCUCAUCGAGCAGGUCUUUGUCACCGAUGUCACCGCCAACCUCAUCACAGUGACGGUGAAGGAGUCGCCCACCAGUGUGGGCUUUUUCAGCCUGAGACAUUACUGAGGGGGCCGUGGGCGCCCAGCUCCUCCUCACCCUGGCCUCGGCUGGGGUUCUGCUUUGCUCACUGACCCGCAGCUGCUGGGGGCUGAGGAGGCGGGUGGCCUCCUCUCUUGAGGGCAGGCUUGUGAGGGACGCGGCCCUUCCCGUCCUGCUCUGUCCCUUGACUUCAGGCAGGGAACCCCACCUUCGUGCCCGGCCGGGGCCUGCCCUCCCCCCGGGUUCCUACCUCUGGGUGUUUGCUUGGCUCCCCCAUCUCACCUCAGGGAGUCUGGGUACCCUCCUUUGGCUCAAGCUGACAGUCUCAAAAACGGCAGGUGCCAGCUUCGAGCGAGCCUGUGUGAAGUGCCCCUCCCUGGCCCGCCGGCUGGAACAGCAGUGACCUCUCCUCCCAGUUCCCUGGGGACAAAGGUGCUUCCAGUCCAGCCAGCCUGUUCCUGCCCAGAGGCCAGGCAAGGACUGUU